AUGUGCCUAUAUUCGAACAAUCAAUCUACCAAACCCAACAAUUCACCUUUAGAGGUUAAAAUGAGAGAGAGUCCAGUUGUAGAAUCUACAUCCCCUGAGAUAAUCAGCCACGUUGACGCGGCCACCCAGUGGAAGAUAGACUCCGAGUCAAUGAGUACCUUCCAUGCAAAGAAAUUGUGUGCAUCAGGGGAAAUAACAGCCGCUACAGCAGUUUUAGCCUCAAAAAUACCCAAUGCGACCCGAACUACCCCAGUAGCAGACAAUCUGUCGCAAUUAGUGGUAAUAAAACGUCAAACUUCACAAAUACCUCAUGUCUCGCCGCUCGCCUCGGAUGACAGCCAACUAUCUAAGCGGAUGAAGACAGAAACCAAGUCUUUCAAAGCCUUACCGUUAAACUAUGAGUUCUGUCCUGUCAAAGACAUGGUGAUCUUAAUUUCAAAUAUGAUACAAGAGCUCAUUCAUACCAAUGAUAAUUUACCGCUUCGUCCUGGUGUCCUAACCCGUUUUCACUCGAGAACUCCUCCAGCAAUAUCGGUUGCCGAAUAUUUACAGCGAUUAGCAAAGCACGCAACGCUCACGCCUCCUUUACUGCUUUCAAUGGUGUACUACAUUGAUCAAUUGUGCUUACUUUACCCACCCUUUACAAUUAACAGUCUUACUGUCCAUCGCUUCUUGAUAACGGCUGGUACUGUUGCAGCCAAAGGCUUAUCUGAUUCAUUUUGGAAUAAUGCUACAUAUGCUCGCGUUGGGGGUAUCAAGGUUGCUGAGCUCGGGUUACUGGAGCUAGAUUUUUUAUAUCGAUUGGAUUGGAAGAUAGUUCCAAACCCUGAGGCUCUAGUAAAUUAUUAUCAGGGAUUGAUAGCACGGAAUCCUAGUUACAGACUCAAGGAAGAUGAAAAGUCUUCAGUGUGUGACGAAGAUGGCAACCAGAUUGAGGAACCCAUAGACGAUCCGUCGAGGUUGGAAGGAGACAACAAUAAGAAGUGGAAGGCCUGGAUGGAUGAUAUAACGUCAAAAGUCUUCGUGCAGCCCAUAUGUUCGAUUCCACCACAGCCUGAAGAAGUCGCUAACGUUGUCAUCCAAUUACCUUUUCUCGAAGCAGAAAUUUCAUCUUAUGAAAUUCCCGAUUUAUCAUCGCUCACAUGCAAGGAAAAUUUGGAGGAAGCAAAGCAUCUACGUGUUGGUAUUUAUGACCCUUUGACUGCGACAUGGACAUCAUCUACAACGAUCACCUCAGCUGUAACGUUUGCGAAAGGCUACUCCCCUAUUAUUGUUCUCAGCUUGAACAAGGAUGUUAAGGUCGUCAGUGUUAGCAUCAAAAGCCAUAAAAUUGAUGCCGGACAAACUCGGAACUUUGGACCGAAAUUAAGAGUUAUGAGUAUGAAGGGCGGAGUAAGGCCUACUCUAUUGAAGCCUGUUAUCUUGAAAGAAGGACAAAGUGAGGACACUCUCCCGGAAAAGAGCUUUCUACAAAGGUAUUGGUGGGUGCUCCUUGCAGGCGUGAUUCUCGCGAUGUCUGCCGGUGGUUCUGAAUAA